CCAUUUCAGGGGGGUCCCGGUGCUGUUCAUGCGCUCGGACGGGGGUCUCACGCCCAUGGCCACCUUUGGGGGGGCUCGGGCCAUCCUGUCGGGCCCGGCCGCGGGGGUCGUGGGCUACGCCCGGACCACCUUCGACCCCCGGGACGGGACCCCCGUGAUCGGCUUCGAUAUGGGAGGCACCUCGACGGACGUGAGCCGUUUCGGGGGUCACUUCGAGCACGUGUUUCGAGGCCAGCACCGCGGGGGUCUCCAUCCAGGCCCCCCAGCUCGACAUCAACACCGUGGCCGCGGGGGGGGGGGUCCGCCUCUUCUUCAGGUCCGGUCUCUACGUUGUCGGUCCCGAAAUCCGCGGGGGCUCAGCCGGGACCCCGCCUGCUACCGCAAGG